AGGCGUGCAGCGCAGCACGAAGAAGCACAACAGCAGUUUGCAAUUUCUCAGUGCGAGCACUGGCUGGAAAGAGAAUGCUCCAUCACAAAUACCGGCAAGUGCUGCGCUUGCUCUGAUCUUCGCCCAGGCACAAGUUCUCAGCUCUACCCGGCCUAUGUAGACGGUAAGGGUUGGGUAGCUGACGUUUCGAGAUGGGCACACUACUGGCUGUUGCCAUUACGAGGAGACCAAUCAGAGAACUAGUAGAUUCGAGUAUAACAAACCUAGUGCAGUUUUGCCGACUGAUAUGCAUCUAAACGUGCGCCUUCAUGACCGCGACCUCGCACGUCAUCAGCGGCAAUGCACCCACUUGGAGCCACGAGCAUGUUCCAUGACUGCAACCGACGGUAACUGCUGUGCAUGUGCAGAUCAACGUCCCCGUACGCAAUCCGGCUUUUAUGCAACAUAUAUUGAUGGAAGAGGCUGGGUUGAGCAAGCAACAAGAUGGGCUGGCUAUUGCCCGAAUUGUCAACUAGCAUUCAACAAUUUUGCUACUGUACUUCGUCGCUUUUCCAUGGAGAAACGAAUACGUCAGCGGACACGGCGCUGGUUACAGUCCAGCGAACAGGCAAACCGAGUUCAUAUAGCCCAGACUCACAAUCAUAACCAUGAUAGUAACCACAAAACAAUCCCAACCAGCUCUACAAAUCGAGGCCGCGCAAAUCUCAUAACCUCUGAAAAGGCAUGUGAUCACUGGCAGGCACGGGACUGUUCGAUGACCAAUAAUCCGAAGUACUGUUGUUCCUGCUUGGACAAACGACCCAACGCUCCAUCAUAUGCUCAGUAUGUCGACGGCAUUGGCUGGGUCAUGGGUGCUGUGCGUUGGGCUUACUACUGCCUAGGAUGUCGAAAUCACCAUGAGCUCACUGAUCGCCAACCUCACGAGCCAAGACGUCAGACUCGACCGAGAGGUCUUCAGCGGAUGAAGGGCGCUUUGAGGCUCCACGGAAGUCGCUUGCGACCAGAGACUUUGCAGAUCAUGACUUAGCUGCACCCUGUCAUAAGACCGAAAAGAAUCA